UCAUACACGAGUGACGAGUCUACCUUGCUUGGUUUCUCUAUUGAUACACAAAUGUUAAAACCUGAAGCCAACGCAACUUCAAAAAGUCAGGAACACGUGGACGUAUAGCAAUGGCUGAUCAUUGCCAACUCACCGCUUAUCAAGACCUCCUCAAGGUUGUUAUUUCCCGCCACCAUCGUUAACGCUAGUCUCAGUCGUCACUUUCGGGUUGUAACUGAAAUCACGAAGAAGCUCCCUCCAAUGGCCGCCACAAGCAACACCGUCGUGUUCAUCGUCAUACUUGCGAUCACCUUCUCUUCCUCCUCCGAGACGCAGGCACCUUCUCCACCGGCUCUCACCUGUACGGAGGAGCUAGUUAUGUUCUCUCCAUGCCUUCCGUACGUCUCCGCUCCACCAAACAACAUGUCAGACAGGCCGGAUCCUCUUUGCUGCUCGGCUUUCUCCACAUCCGCCCAUUCCGGCGCCGGAAACUGUCUCUGUUAUCUUCUCCGGCAACCUAUGAUCCUUGGGUUCCCGUUGGAUAGAUCACGACUGCUUUCUCUUUCCCAGAUCUGUAGCGAUCUUAGUUCCGACGAAUCUUUCGAGUCUAUCUGCUCGGCAUCAGAGUCGCCGGAGCUUCCGCCGCUUCAGAGCAUUCAGUUCACAGCUCCUUUUGUUUACGGUGAUACAGCUUCCGCAUCUCCUCCAUCGUUGGCCAUUUCACGGGAAGCCGCCGGAAUUUCACCAACCUCCGUUCAACCCUCACCAGUAACAGAUAGCUUAUCAUCAACACCAGAAUCCAUCAUAAACGGCUCCCCAAAGAUCAGAAGCUUCUGGCUUCUCUCGACCAUCAUCAUGACGCUGCCCACCUCUAUCUUCACUCGCAUCUGAAGCAUUCCUCUUUCUUUCCUUUACAAUCUGAAGUUCAUUGUACACUGUUCUCCAGUUGGUGGGUGUCUCUUUAAACCCCAUACUUGAUCUGCUCCAUAUCUUUCCUUUUGGCUUUGUGAAUCGAACAGAGAUGAUAUAGACUUUUAGACAUACCAUUGUUCUCUCAGUAGUGUCAUUGUA